GAAAAAUGGGCUUGGGCGUGUUGAUGUAUAGCAAUAAUAGAAUUGUUUUUUUAGUGGAGUUCGCAGGAUUGAAGCUGUGAUUGAGCAGUAUACUGUCUAUCAUAUUUAGCAAGCCUGUCCCUCGCUAUACAAAUACAGUACUGUAGUCAUUUUUCACGAUCAACACCUGUCUGUGAGAAGUUGGUUCACAGCUUGGGACAUCGCGGUAAGCAUCAUCUCUUUGCCGGCUUGGCAAAGCACUCGAGUAGCUAGCUAGCUGAUCAGAUUUACAUCUGCUGCCUGGAUUGACAGAGGGACUUUCUAUCAAAGCCGACUUCUUGUGUUGUUUAAGCAUUAGGGGCAAAUUGCAAUACGAUCACCGUUCACCCCGUAAUAGCUGCUGUUGCACAGUGUUGUCUUUUAAACGUCCUCUGAUACUUUUUGUGAUCAGCUAACGUUAGCUAGCUUAUCCAGCUGAUGGACGCUAGCUAGCUAACGUCGUUAGCGGAGCCACCCAGUCAACGCGCAGCAAGUGUUCAUUUACCGUACACAGUACACGACACCUUCACUCUGGCGUGAUCAGACAACCCUGAAUGCUGGAGCUGCCCUUCACCCCUCUGAGUCUCACUAUCGACCAAAAACCACUCCGCUCGGUCUACCCCCAUUCUCCCUCUGCUUUCCUUGCCUCCGAGUGAGAGAGAGAUCAUGACAGCCAACAAGCCCAAGGGGCAGAACUCCCUGGCCCUCCACAAGGUCAUCAUGGUAGGGAGUGGAGGAGUGGGCAAGUCGGCGCUGACCCUGCAGUUCAUGUAUGACGAGUUCGUGGAGGACUACGAGCCCACCAAGGCGGACAGCUACAGGAAGAAGGUGGUGCUGGACGGGGAGGAGGUCCAGAUAGACAUCCUGGACACGGCGGGUCAGGAGGACUACGCAGCCAUCCGUGACAACUACUUCCGCAGUGGGGAGGGCUUCCUCUGUGUCUUCUCCAUCACCGAGGCGGAGUCCUUCACCGCAACCGCGGACUUCAGAGAACAGAUCCUGAGGGUGAAGGAGGACGAGAACGUGCCCUUCCUCCUGGUGGGCAACAAGUCUGACCUGGGGGACCGGCGGCAGGUGAGCAGCGAGGAGGCCAAGGCCCGGGGGGAGCAGUGGGCCGUCAGUUACGUGGAGACCUCCGCUAAGACCCGGGCCAAUGUGGACAAGGUAUUUUUUGACCUGAUGCGUGAGAUCAGGGCCAGGAAAAUGGAGGAUGGGAAAGAAAAAAACGGGAAGAAGAGGAGGAAAAGUCUGGCCAAGAGAAUCCGAGAACGGUGCUGUAUUUUGUAAAGGCUGAGUCAGUUCCUCCAACCUGCCUACUAAUCUGGGUUGUGUUCAUUCGGUACCAAAUGGAAGAAAAUGGACUAUCUGGAUGUGUCCAAUAACAAUCGCUCUAUUUUUUUUUCAUUCGCAAGGCAUUUUUUUUGUUAUCAGUGUGUUCUCUUUAUUGAACAGCAGUUGGGUUUCUCUCUUUGCAGUAAAGGGUAGUUUGUUAUCCAAUUAUAGUUAACACAAUGGAAGGACUAAAACUGAACGCCAACUAAGGAAUUUGAAAUGGAAGCUAUUUUACAAUUUUAACUUUGAAAAGUAAAAUCCGAUCCUAAGAUUAGCAAAUACUUACCGUUACUGCUAAGCACACUAAAACAUUCUUAGAGACAGAAAAAUGUUUUAAAAAAACUAUUCUGAGAUUUGCUACCGGCGAAGCAGUCACAGAAACAAUGCUAUUGGAACGCCCACACAUAUUUCCAGUGUAAAUAUCAUGCGAUGGUCAGUGCUGUUCUGUCAUGAGCCAAUUUCCAAUGCUGCUACACAUUCAGUGUCAAUGCCCGGGGGUCAACAGGUUAAGGUUUCAAUGUUGGUCAGAUGCACCGAACAACACAGCGUCAUCCUGCACAACGACACGCUUGUGACAUGGCACCCGACAACUACGCAGUGAGAGGGCAUGUGGGAUAUUGACAAAUACAAAAUGGACAACACUACAUACGGUUUCCAAACUCCCACAACACCCUGGGUUCAACCCGGUUGUGACCCCGGCGGGCGUCUCAUAGUUGGCCUGGGGAGGGUAGAACCAACAGAAUAUUCCUCAUGCUCCAUUGACUCCGUGUGGAGUCUUGACCAGGGGCUGUCUGUCGAUUUGGGCUUUUCCUCAGACACAUUUCUCACACUUCCUGGUCAAAUAAGUGAGGAGUGGGGUGAUGAGCAUCGCUGCAGCACGUGUCAGAGGUCUCGUAUCCCCACAGUCGACUCCCAAGCCCGUUGUGGGAGGUAAACACAGAUGUCGGCAGAAUGGCGUGUGACGAUGUGUGACAUCUGUCCAGACGUCGGUAGUUUUUGUGCAAGGAAACAUGGGAAUGUGAUCAAAUGACGAGAGGGAACCGAGUUGUGCAACACGACUAAGAAGCAGAGCUGGGAAAUCCACGGCCGAUCACACAGCACUUUGGACAGGCCAGCUGAUGGGCUUACAUGUUUACACUAUGACCUGUUUUACGGGAAACAUUCGGCCCUUUGUCCUGCAGAGUGAAAAGGCAUUUAACAGAUCAUUUCCACAGAGAAGAGAGCUUCACAGUCCCGGAUUUAAGCUGUGCCCAGGAAACUGGCCUAAUAUGUUUGCCUUCAGUUCAGAUUAUUUUGUCCGUGGUUACGUGAACUAAAGUGGUAAUUCACUGUGUCAAAGUUUAGUGAUGGAACCCAGUGGUUCUUUGUAAAGAAAUUACAGUGUAUCUCAUGAUGUUUAUCAGCCUGGUCUCACUGUGCCUGAGUAGCAACACAGGAGUUUCCAAUAAAUGUCCCUUAAAUAAACAGGUGAUAAGACCUGUAGCACAAUCUGUAGUGGUAAUGAAAGGUUUUUUAAGAUAAUGGUUUAAUAUUUUCCCUUACUAUGUGUUUCGAUACUAUAAAUGUAUGAAACAUACAUAGGAAAUGUAUUGUUUCAAUGCAGUUUCUUCCCAGCUGAUGUGAAAUACUGUCAAAUUUCUACCCUCCAUUUCCGUUAUGUAGCACAUCACAGCAACUUCUGUGUAGAUUUAUGACACUUGUAAAAUGUCAUUUUUACAUAUGUACAUCCAUUAGGCACUGUGUCAUCUUCAAUAUGAAACCAAUUCAAUCUGUCUUAUGGUUUGUUGAAGAUGUUCUCAGUCUACAGUGAUCUGACAGCGCAUUCAGAUUUCCUUUUCUAUGACUGAAAAACCUUAUUCUUGAAUGCAUCUAUAGCGCCUUUGACGAAAAGCUACAGGAAAGUGAUACUGAACCAAAAAAAAACGUCAUUUCAGUCUGUACUACAUUACAAAAAUACACACAAGUCAUGUACUUGAUGCUGGCCCUUUCAUUUCAUACAGGCUGGGUUUUUUUCCCUCCAUUUCAGCCCUCUUUACUUUGGAAAAAGAAAACGCGUUUCAGACAGAUUUGAUGUGAUCACAUGGAUCACCACGUUAAGGGAGGAUCUUCCACGGUUUGUUGUGAUGUACACUUCAGGUCAGGUGGCCAAAGCAAUUUAAAUAAUGAGGCAGAACUCGAUUCGUUUUCAGUCCUUACCUUGGAGACCUCCCCGACAUUUCACACUUUCAUUUUAGUCCCCAAGGAGAGGUUAAAAAAGACUUGCUGUAGUGCUUGGUUGGGAUUUACCUCUGAAUACUUCAGGGUUUCCUGAAAGAACACGCCCAAUCUGAAUGUGAAACUAUUGUGCAGAUUGCCCCUUGUAUAACAAUGAGUUUCCAUCUUGUUUGGAUAUACCACAGAGGACAAGCUUUUACCAAAUUACUGAAACAUUAUUGCAUGCGGAAAUAUAUUUUGCCACUAUUCUUUACUCAUUUUCAAUGUCUCUGCUCCUUUCCUCGCAUAACUAAACUUUAGUCUAGUUUUUUAUUUUGAUUCUGCUGAUUAAGUUGCAACACAUUUCUAUAACGGAAGCACAUGAGACAGAGGAACUUACCUGACGGCGUCCCUUAGAAAAGCUUGUUCGCAACAGUGGGGAGAUCUAAAACACUCCCUGGUCUAGUUGUGUCUCCCCAAAACCUCUGUUUGCCCAAAUUAACACGCCCCUGGGAUCCCAGCUAUUGUUGUGUGUGUGUGUGUAAUGCUUGGUACCUGGGAGCGAUGACGCUAUCAUGGAGUCAGCGCUGCCCACUGGUAGCAGAUGUUCCUUCCGCUCAUAUUUAACGUAACAGAAUUGUAAAUUGACAAAAAUAAAGAAAUAAAAUAGAAUUUUAAUAGAAUGUUAA